GCGACAGCUGCAGCGAUGGAUGUAAACAAUCCCCCAUCCGUGUUUCGUUGUGUUCCCUCUUCUCUGGGUGAGAUAUUAGAACACGUGUGUUCUAAAGAAAAAGCCCCAUUUUUGAUAUUCUCUCGUUAUUAAAGUUUAUUCCGAUGACUGCGGAGCUACCGACCUUAGCUUAGCAUGUUAGCUUGAAGCCCAAAGAGGGGACGGAAGUGAAUAAAUGUAUGAAUCAUGACGGAGGGCAGAAUGUGUUUUUGAGACGAGGUGAAAAUUGCUGUGAUGGUUGAAGAUGUUGAAGGUGAUGGAGAAAAAACGAACCACGGUGGAAGAACCGGACUGUCCAAAUGGAGAACAGCUGUUUUCUCAACUUGACGAUGUCCGGCAGGUGCUGGUGAUCAAAGAGGAGCUUCCUCCUAAGAACUGGAGUCCCAGUCCAGACCAGAAGGACCAAAGCCCCCCACAGAUUAAAGAGGAACAGGAGGAGGCUGAUAUCAUCGAGUUCAUAUUCAAUCCUGUGAAAAGUGAAGAUGAUGAAGAAAAACCUCAGUCCUCAGAGCUUCAUCUUCACCGGACUAAGAAGAACAGAGACUCCGUGCGACCAGAAUCAAGCCAAUAUUUAGAAUCAGAUCCUGAAGAGAAAGCUUCAAAUUCUUCAGAUACAGAUGUCAGUGAUGGAAACUGGGCAGAGAGCAGUGAAGCCCAGUUUGAUUUAACCUCUGCAGAUAUUAAUGAAGUGCCUGUUGGUAGAAUAUGUGAAGACGGGGAUAAAAAGUUACAUAGCUGCACUGAAUGUGGUAAAACGUUCAAACGCAGGCAGUAUUUAUUAAUACACCAAAGGAUCCACACAGGAGAAAGACCUUUCAGCUGUGCUUUCUGUAAGGCAGAUUUCAGAUGGAAGCACGUCUUAGAUAAACACAUUAGAAUUCACACUGGAGAGAAGCCUUUCAGCUGCUCUGUUUGUGGUCAGAACUUCAGUAGGAAGGAAAGUGUAACUCGCCACAUGAAAAGCCAUUCUGACAAAAAACCUUACAGCUGCUCUGUCUGUAAUGCAGCGUUUAUAUGGAAACCCUCCUUAGUGAAACACAUGAAAACACACAGUGAAGAAAAAUCCUUCAAAUGCGCCGUUUGUGGUCAAUGUUUUAAACAUAGAGACAGUUUAAAUAGUCACAAAAGAAGCCACAAUAAAGAAAAACCGUUCAUCUGCUCCGUUUGUCAAGUAGCUUUUCCAUGGAAAUAUGCUUUAAUAAAACACAUGAGAAUCCACACGGGAGAAAAACCUUUCAGCUGCUCCAUUUGUAACGCAGCUUUUAAAUGGAAACCUUCCUUAGUGCAACACAUGAAAACGCAUAGUGGAGAAAAACCUUUCAGCUGCUCCGAUUGCGGUCAGUGUUUCAAGUACAAAGAAAAUUUACAUCAUCACAAAAGACGUCACACUGGAGAAAAACCGUACACGUGUUCCGUCUGUAACGCGACCUUUAAAUGGCACAAUGCUUUCAUUGAACACAAAAGAAACCACACGGGCGAAAAACCUUUCAGCUGCUCUGUCUGUGCGGCGGCUUUUAUAAGAAAACGUGACCUGGUGAGACAUGAAAAACAACACGAGUAGUAGUGGGCAAAUGCUGAGGAGCUCGCUGUUUGUUUUUGUCUAAAAGCUUGGAUGUUCUGAAGUGCAAAAGCAAGUUCAGACAGUGCCGAAAUGACUAAACGUGUGAAAGGUCGACGCAGAGUCUCGAGUUUAUGCGUCCGAUUGCUUUACGUACUUUAAUGGAGACGUCACCCCAGCGUUAAUUGACAGCACAAAAAAAAAAAGAGUGCUGGGUACGGAAGAACGACGUUUCCCACUGUCACUUUAGUGACGGACAUUUUUAGGGGUGGAACGAGAUCUUGUGAAAUUAAGAUGUCAAGAUUUAUCAAGUUGAAAUCUGACUUGCAAAUAAAAAAAAAACGUCUGGAGAAAUUUACUUAAAAUCAUUG